AUGAAGUCCUCCUCAAGUCAAGCCCAAGCCACUGCAAAUGGAACAACUACAUCGACUAGUACAAAGGUAGCCUUCACUGAUGAACAAACAGCUGCAGGACCAUCCUCAUCAUCUCCCGGAAGAAGCACUCCUGGUGCCACGAAUAAGCGUAAGAGCCUCAAAAAAGUGAAAGGUCUUGUACAGGCUGUAUCUGCUUUGAACACGAAUAACGCCUUUGCUUCCAGUACAAUUAAGGGUAGGUUAAAGGUGCUUUUCUUACCGCUUUUUAUGCCUCUCCCCCUUAGGAUGAGAAAGGCAUAACAAGCGGGGUAAGCGAGCACCAAAAGCCUACCUCUAAUACAACUACAACUGGCGCGACUGGAGCUGAAGGAGGAGGAGCACAAGCUUCGUCCACUAGUAUGAGCGCAGGAGGAAGUACAUCAACAUCGAGGAAGUCUGUCGUAAUUGCUGGUGGUGGAAUCGGACUUGGAGGAGAUGCAAUUAUAACAACUAGCGGGGCUGCAAACAUUACUAGUACAACAUCAACAGUUACAACCACAAAGAACAAACACAAACAGGAGAACAAUGCGACACCCUUGCUGUUUCCACUAGAAGAUCAAGAAUGGCAGUUAUUUGACAGGUGGUUGGGCAUUUUUGUGGCUGCGCGUAGUCGCAUCCUACCUCCACAUCGAGUAGCCCAAUGGCAAGCAUGUCGAUUUCAGAUUGCAAGCACGAGAAGACUGGAAGAGCAGAAGGCUGUAGAUGGGGGUAAAAAGCAGAAAGUGGCUCUGGCAGAGAGUUGUUCACCUGGUGACGGCACAAAGAAGAUGAUCGGUGUUGAUGACGCUGAAGAUGGUACCAGUUUGGCAGUUGACCACGCCGAAGCCGAGGAAAAAGAAACAGCUGGGAUGAUGAGAAACAGCAAUACUGGAGGACAUCAACGUUCUCUUCGUACACCCCCACCUGGAGGCCGUAAGACAAGAACAACUACAGUGAUCGAUGAUCAAAAUCGAGGUGGUCUACGAACCAGUACAAGUGCUGGAAGCCCUGCUGCCAGAGACUCAUCUUCUCCCACAGCCGCACCGAUUCUUGUAGGAAAACACACUGCAGAUCGUGCAGGACGAACUCGAAAGUCAAGGUCAACUGCGGCAAAAAGUGAUAAAAACCGUCCUAGAGUAUCAUCUGAGGACACUUAUUAUCCUGGUGAUGAUUCUGAUCACGACGUGACAACUCCCGGCUCAAGAAGGGUGGAUGAUGAUCUUCGAGGUGGACGAGUUCGAACCACAACCAAAGACUUCCGUAAAACUAGGAGUGCGCACGAACUUCGACUAAGCAGGAGGAGCAGGGGACCACGAGGAUCUUCACAAGGAGAAGGAUAUGAAAAUUUUGUGGGAAUGGAAAGCCUAGGAAUGCG